UCUUCUUUCCCCGCCCGGGGCGGUGCCGUGCCGUGCCGAGCCGCGGGGUGUAGCGCGGCGCAGCGGCCGCGGGCACGGCGGAGCCCCGCGGAAGAUGGCGUACAUCCAGUUGGAACCAAUAAAUGAGGGUCUGCUCGCUAGAAUCUCGGAUCUCUUGCUGUGCCGGUGGACUUGUAGAAAUUGUUGUCAGAAGUGUUUCGACUGUAGCUGUUGUCAAACAAAUGAAGAUGAAGUUGAAAUCCUGGGACCUUUUCCUGCUCAGACUCCAGCCUGGCUGAUAAGCAGCCAAAAUGAGGACAAAAACGGAGACUCUGAUAAUACAAUCAGUGACCUGCCUCCCACUCAUCAGGAUGUUUCCCCUGACAGAAGGCGGUCGUCUUCAGAUACAUCACGGUCCACUUACAGCCUCACCAGGCGGAUUUCAAGUUUAGAGAUGAGGAGGCCAAGUUCUCCAUUAAUUGACAUUAAACCUAUUGAGUUUGGAAUAAUAGGAGCCAAGAAAGAAAUAGUUCAGCCAACUAUCCUGCGGAAAACCUAUAGUCCAGAUGACUAUUUUAGAAAAUUUGAACCAAGACUGUACUCUCUUGACUCGAAUAGUGAUGAUAUGGACUCCUUGACAGACGAGGAAAUCUUAUCCAAGUACCAGCUGGGCAUGCUGCACUUCAGCACUCAGUACGACCUGCUGCACAAUUACCUGAUAGUGCGAGUCAUUGAGGCUAAGGAUCUGCCUCCCCCCAUUUCGUACGACGGCUCAAGGCAAGAUAUGGCUCACUCCAACCCCUAUGUGAAGAUCUGCCUGCUUCCAGACCAGAAGAACUCCAAACAGACUGGAGUUAAGCGCAAAACUCAGAACCCAGUGUUUGAAGAGAGGUACACAUUUGAAAUCCCAUUUUUAGAAGCCCAGAGAAGAACUCUGCUUUUAACUGUAGUGGAUUUUGACAAAUUCUCACGCCACUGUGUCAUUGGCAAAGUGUCAAUGCCCUUGAGUGAUGUAGACCUUGUGAAAGGCGGACACUGGUGGAAAUCCCUUGUUCCUAGUUCUCAGAAUGAAGUUGAGCUGGGAGAGCUGCUGUUGUCAUUAAACUACCUGCCCAGCGCAGGAAGACUGAAUGUGGACAUCAUUAGAGCAAAACAGCUUCUUCAGACAGACAUGAGCCAAGGUUCAGAUCCCUUUGUGAAAAUUCAGCUUGUUCAUGGAUUGAAGUUAACAAAAACCAAGAAAACCUCCUGCAUGCGGGGGACGAUAGAUCCCUUCUACAAUGAGUCCUUCAGCUUCAAGGUUCCCCAGGAAGAACUGGAAAAUGCCAGCUUGGUGUUCACAGUGUAUGGGCACAACGUGAAGAGCAGCAACGACUUCAUCGGGCGGAUCGUCAUCGGUCAGUACUCCACAGGUGCUCCUGAGUCCAACCACUGGCGCCGGAUGCUCAAUGCACACCGGACGGCUGUGGAGCAGUGGCACAGCCUGCGCUCGCGGGAGGAGUGCGACCGCGUCUCCCCGGCAUCCCUGGAGGUGACAUGAGGCGUGGCACCUGUGGUGGCCAAACCAAACAGGCGGGCAAGGCGGGGAAAAAACUCCAACCUCCAAAUCACCCAACCUCACUCCCACCCCACAGCAGCUCCAUCGGACCGAAGCAGCUGCCGGUACCCACCUGGCUGCGUUGGCCUUUGUGCAAACCCCCGCAGCGCCAACCGUGCCAGCAGCUCCUCGGUGGCACUGGCCGCCUGACUGGCCGGACCCAUUGCUCCCUGCGCCCGGCGCCGCUCUGCUGUUUCAGUGACAGAGCAGCAGGUGGCAGGUGGAGGUGCCACAGGACAUGCCAAGAUGGGGAAGAGUUCUGAGUUGCUUCCACUCUCCUUAUGAUCCAAAUCCAUGACUUGUCCUCUCGGAGAUAUACGUACCUGUGUGCUCUUGUUGGUGAACAUCAUAAUUAGGCUAGGAUGUUUUUUUAAAUGGUAGAAGCUGUGGUGAAGUCGAUUCUGGCUCCAGUUUUGUCCUUGUAUUUGUUUCAACAGAAUUAAGCUCCUGUUAAUACGUGGCCAGCACACACAGCCCUUGCUGUGCGGGGCCGACGUGCUGCCAGCAGCGGGGCCUGCCACUCUCCAUAGCAGUCUGUGUGCGUCCAAUAGAUACUGUGAUGAUAUAGCGAGUAAAUGUCUCCAGUAGCAUUUAUACUUCUCAAUCUUUCCUGAUGUUGAGUAAAAGAAACCUGCUGUGGGUACUUCUGCAGUUAAGAAUGCCCCCAAUGCACAAUUUUACUUCUCUGAUAGACUGCAGUGACUCCUUCUGUGUUGUGUGUGUUUACUGAGGUAGUUUUCCAGGUCAGCACAUGAGUGUAGGUGUGGUCAAGCUGUCCUGUUGGUUGCUUCUGUACAUUAUUUUUUUUUCCACGGCAUAUUGUCUGGUAUAAUGCAGAUUGUAUAUUUAUUGAAAAUAAAAGUCUAUUUAAUUGUG